AUGGGCCACAUAGAAGAAGUGUGUAAGAGCAAUUUAGGCAAUCUUGCAGAGGAACCAAUUUCUGAAGAUAUUGAUGGACAACAAAGUGUAAGACUCGAUGAAUUUGAAGCAUUUACAGAUGAUUAUUCAACUUAUGCUGAAUUUGAUGCUGAGUACAGUGUACCGAAUGGUGAAGACAAUCAAGUAGAAAUGGAAAUUCUAGAGGGCAUGGUAAGUGAUGAUAGUGGAGAUGCUUUCUAUAGUGAGAAUGAAGAUGGUUUUGAUUAUAGUGCAGAUGAUUCUGAUGAUAGUGACUACAUUGUACAUGAGUCUAACAUGCAAUUUGAUGUGGAUGUAGACAUGAGUGAAUUCCAAAGUCAUGUGGAUGUAGAUGAACAUGGAAUUUUAAACAAGCAAACUGAAAGUAUAGGUAAUGACAUAGUUGAUGAAGAGUUGGAAGUUAUUCAAAGUGAUGAUUAUCAGUAUGCAGGAUUUAAUGAAGAUGAAAGGACAAAAAUGCUUAAGGAGUUGAGUAGGUCAACUCCAUGCUCACAUGGGGAGAUCCAUUUAAAACCAUAUAGGGUGGGGCAGUGUUUCAAAACAAAGAAGGAAGUUGUGGACUACAUGCAUGCACAUGCUGUAAAUACAAGGAGGUCCCUAUACUUAGCAAAAAAUGAUAAAAUCAGGAUAAGGGUCAAAUGUGGAGGUGUUGUGGGCCAAUCUACUGAAACAGUUCAAUGUGGUGGGCCAUCAACAAGAAGUAAGUUCCACAGUUCUGCACUUGCAAUUGCAACCCUCUCUUCCAAUCGAUUCAUUGAUCUUAUUAAACCUGGAAUCACCACCAAUGCCCUUGCACACAUCGGAGGGUCAACCCACCUUACGAACCCACAUCUUGAACAAUUCAAAAAUUGCCUUCCUGGGUUACGAUCCGUCCAUGAGGUCAACUUCGUUGUUUCCAUUCCACAUCUGCAAAUCGCCAUCUUCGACACUCGCAGAAAUCGUUUUGGAAUUCGAUGCACAGUAGAGUGA